AUCCUGCUGUGCCUGCUGGACGCGGCGCGUGGGCUGGAGUACCUGCACAGCUGCAACAUCAUGCACGGCGACCUCAAGCCGCAGAAUGUGCUGCUGAAGACAGCAGGCAAUGAUCGCCGGGGGUUUGUGUGCAAGCUCGGCGACUUUGGCCUAAGCCGCAUGCUGCCAGAGACCCAGACACAUGUGAACACGGGCUCCUAUGGCACCGUGACGCAUGCCUCGCCUGAGCUGCUGACGGAUGGCCGCUUGACCAAGGCCAGCGAUGUGUUUGCCUUUGGCAUUCUUCUGUGGGAACUUGUCACCGGGCUGCGGCUUUUCCCAGACAUGCACCACAUGCAGAUCAUCGUCCAGGUGACGCAGAAGGGCUACCGCCCGCCCAUCCCUGCCGACUUCCCGCCACCGCUGGCAGACCUUGUGCGGCGGUGCUGGGCCGAGGACCCCCGCGCCAGGUGUGUUCACCUCACCGACCUUCUGUUUUUUCAGGUCCCACUGAACUUUGCCCUUGGUGUUUGGAGUGUUGCACGUGCUGCUGACGCACGCUGA